CCGCCUUGGAAAUUCCUAAUUUUUUUUUCUACAAAAUUCCAAAGAUAUUCGAUCAGAUCCCCUCCUUCUUACAAAUCGAUCUUCAAAUCAAUUGUCUUUUAAAACAUGGGAUUGAAGAGACCUUUUGAUGCUGAAGAGAUGCAAGAAUGCAACGCUAAGCAUGCAAGACAGCUUAGUUACCACCCUAACCAACUUGACCAAUCUAUUCCAUAUCAUGUUCCUUUGGACAAGUCAUCUGUCUUAGUGGAAAAGGAUUUAGAUACAUGUGCACCCUUCUCGUGGAUCUCAAACGGUCUGUGUCAGGAAGAUGCUCAAACUCAUUCAUCCCUUUCUCAUGAAUCUUCUGGAUCAGACUUCACAUGGACACCACUUUCCCCCGUGGAGGAUGUUUAUACUUCUCUGAUGAAUCAACCACCAAGGAAACAAGUUCCUCUUGGGUCCAAUCACCAAGCGUCUAUCCCUGAAUGUGAGACUCGUGUUAAAACAAACGAUGACGUAGAAAGGAAACUAAUGGGAAAGUGCAUUAUACCAAUGCCUGAGACAGACCUUUGUGUAGCCGGUCAAGGAAGAAAAGAAUGUCUUUGUCUUGAUAAAGACACGGUCAGAUGCGUGCGGCGACACAUCAUGGAAGCGAGAGAGAGCCUGAUCGAAGCGAUAGGAUACGAAAAGUUUACAGAGCUAGGGCUGUGUGAAAUGGGGGACGAAGUGAUAAGCCUAUGGAGUGAAGACGAAGAAGAUUUGUUUCAUAAAGUUGUAUACUCCAACCCUAUUUCACUGGGACGUGAUUUCUGGAAGCAGCUAAAGGCGACGUUUCCUUCGAGAACCAUGAAGGAGCUUGUUAGCUACUACUUCAACGUCUUCAUCUUGCGGAGACGUGCAACACAGAACAGGCUUAAAACGCUGGAUGUUGAUAGUGACGAUGACGAGUGGCAAGUAGAGUACGACGUCUUUUGCAAAGGAAAGAGCUCUUCACAUGUAGAUAACGAGGAGGAUGAUGAAGAAGAAGAAAGCAAUAGCAGCGAUGAUGAUGAGGAAGAAGACUCACCAGAUGCUCACUGUGUAAAUAUGGAUAAGGUUUCAAGAGACGGUGAGGUGAACGUGGAAGACGACUCGUGUAUGUCCUUUGAGUUGCAGGACUCCAAUUUGAUCUUCUCUAACAGAGAGUCACACGGAUCUGCUUUGUUUUCUUUUGAUGAUGCUUGUGACCGAAGACUCCCGUCAUCGGAUUGUUGGACCAAGAACAACAACCUUCUACCAACUUCGAACAUCAUGGAGGAGAUAUUUGGUAAAGAUGAAUGGGGUGAGAAUGAUGAUAACUUGAAGGGGAAGUAGUUGGAGGUUUCUUUCUUCGAUUUUCUGCAGCUUUUAUGUUUUUUUUUCUAAGUGAAAUUAUUCAAAGAAGCAGAAGUUUGAAAGUUUCUUCUUUCCUUGGAAAUUUCUUUUGGGAGUUUUUUUUAGGUUGAAGAAGGGACCUCUGUAAAAGCUAUUAAUCCCAGGAACCCUUUUCAUUUAGGUUUUUAUCACCUCAAGAUUAUAUAAAUUAAUCUUUGUAUAUUUUGCUGUAAUAAAAGAAAAAAAGAAAUCCCGAACAAAAACUAGUUAAUU